UCCAGCACUUAAACCAGACGGAAUAUUUGCGCGAACAGCUCCCUUCUUUACAGCAAACGCAUGCAGGCAAAUGCGCCGACGAGCAGAAGAGAUCCCAGAGGACUGCAGGCAUAAUCAGAGGCUGUGGGGGAUCUUGAUGUUGGAUACAGCCCCCUACAUGCUUACAGCACAGGCAACAAUCUAAAGUGAUUAUGCCAGCUGUCCAACAAUGCCGCUACCCUCAGGUUUGCUGCUUCGUCACUCCGUGGUUAUGUGGUUGCUCUUCCACAGCUUGGUACUGAUGACACUGUGUUUCCAUCACGCCGCGACUUCCUGCUCCAAACGCUGUUACUGUUCCGACAGCGAGGGCUUGUACGGUGGUAAAACCAUGCGUUGUAGCAACCUGGGUCUUACCUAGAUCCCUCAGGACAUUCCCAAUGACACACGACACCUCUACCUGGACUACAACCUUUUGACCAGCAUCCCCGCCAAUGCUUUUCAUGAUCUUCCACUGCUGGCGGAACUGGAUCUUUCCCAUAAUGAAUUAGCUCUGCUUGAACCUGGAGCUUUUCGAGGCCUAGCAGCCUCGCUACAGUUCCUGGACCUCUCAUCCAACCAGCUCACAACACUGGACCCGGAUGCCUUUGAAGGCGUUAAAGCGAGAUCCAACCUCACUGGAAACCCCUGGCACUGUGACUGUCGGCUACAGACGGCCCUUCCGCACCUGGACCUGGAGCCCAUGUCUUUGACUGGUAUCAUCUGCCAGACCUCUGAACCUGCUGACUCUGGAGCCCAAGGUGUGCCCUUCCUGCUGGCCAAAGACCUGGACCUGUGUGUGGUGCUCAAAAAGACCACGGAUGUGGCCAUGUUGGUGACCAUGUUUGGAUGGUUCACCAUGGUCAUCUCCUACCUGGUCUACUAUGUGAGACACAAUCAGGAAGAUGCCAGGCGUCACCUGGAGUAUCUCAAGUCUCUGCCCAGCAGGCAGGGCAAGUCUGAGGAGUCUUCCACCAUCAGCACUGUGGUAUAGCAUCAGGCCAUGUGCUCAUGUGGAGGAAGCUACUCAGGUUGCCUAAAGGCAAAGGGCAUAGUGGGUAAAAAAGCUGCAUAAGUUAAAAUCUCCUAACCCUCCCUCCUGGAAAAACCAAGAAGGCUUUGUAGCUCAUCAACCACGUAGUUUAAGGCGCUUCUCAGGACUGGCGAGUACCCGACCAAAGAACCAGGAUGGAUUUGUAACAGGACGCUUGUUGGUCAAUGAAGUGAAAACAUCCACAAUGGGGCCAUGUGAAACAUUUAAUGCUGAGACAGAGACCAACCACAGACAAGAUGUCUUUUUGUGGAGACCUGCAGAUAGAGAUGGCUGGAGAAAAACAGAGCAAAAUCAUAGGGGCCAUCUAAUCUAAUCCAGAUAAAUAAUUGAUUCAGAAAUGGCCGAGCUUCAAGUGUAUCUUGACUAAGAGGUCUGUCUGCUCUGCACGCUUUAAAAGGAGAAGUUGUUGUGCUUCGUUUUUAGUCAGACGCCCAUUUGGCAGGCAAUGCACGGAGCGUAGAGCACCCAUCCUUCAGGGCAUUUACAAAGUGUACUGUUGUUGUCCCUAAAGGUGAUCUCAAAAUUUUACCGAGCCACACGAUCUUGCAUGCAUCAAUGAUUUUACAGGUCUCUUAGUACACAGACUGCAAAAGUAAAACUCAUUUUAGUUUGCUUCGAUAUCCCCUGGUUUGAGGGAGCAGUGAGUUGUUUUCCUUGUGAGGCUCUGCAGCGACAAUGAUGUCGGGACCUAGAAGCAAUAAGCAGGUUGGCUUGUUAUUUUCGUGACCAAUCACUGUAAUAUAAAUCACUGUUAAAGCUGUUUCAAGAGAAAAUACCACAGGGGCACUCGGUUGACUUUCACAAUUAUUGCUGAAAUGUUUCAUGACUUUUGAUGUUUAAAAAUAAUGAGAUGAUGUUGACCACCACAGGAAAGGUUUGUGCUGUUAAAGUGAAUCGUGAUCUUAGUAUGUCACAUCAAAUACUGUGUGAUUGUGCUGUUUCUUAUGUAGAGUGCCAGCAAGAAUAAUACAGAACUCUGCCAAGAUAAAUUAAAAAGUCAAAACUCAUCUAAAU